GAGCGGUAGAGCGGCCCCCUACGUGGAAAACACUGAGACACUACACUCUCCGUAGACCAACGUACAUCUCUCUCUCUCUCUCUCUCUCUCUCUCUCUGAGAGUAACAGUUCGGAGUAGGUAAGAGUUACUGGAUAAGGAGUUGUUUGAUCACCUGCUGACAAACUGGAAGACCAUCACAAAGCAAGUCUGCAAAUUCAAGUUCAUAUCUCCAUAAGUUCAUUAGCUAUGUUUCUCCAAAAGGCAUGGAGAUCGACGGCUUUCGGUGUUUGGGGAUACUUUAGCUUCACAAAAUCUGGCUUCAUGGAACACUCAAAAAAAUUUAAAGCAGAAGAUAUGCAAACACAUAUAGAAGGGAAAAACUGCAUAGUUACAGGAGCAAAUUCUGGGAUUGGCUAUGCAACUGCUGAGGCUCUUUCUUCACGUGGAGCAACUGUCUAUAUGGUAUGCCGUAAUAAGGAUAGGGGAGAAAAUGCUCUAUCUAAAAUUCAGUCAACAACAGGCAACCCAAAUGUAUACCUGGAGGUAUGUGAUCUUUCAUCUGUCAAUGAUAUCAAGUCAUUUGCAUCCAGAUUUUCAUCAAAGGAUCAACCAAUUCAUGUCUUGGUUAACAACGCCGGUUUACUAGAGAAUGACCGUAUUACUACCCCAGAAGGACUGGAGUUAAAUUUUGCUGUAAAUGUGAUGGGUACGUAUGCCAUGACAGAAUUGAUGUUGCCAAUGCUGGAGAAGGCAUCUCCUGAUGCUCGAGUCAUAACAGUCUCCUCAGGUGGCAUGUACACAACGCCUUUAACCAAAGAUUUACAGUUUAGUGAAAGCAAAUUUGAUGGGAUCCUACAGUAUUCUCGAAACAAACGGGUUCAGGUAGCAUUAACGGAAAAAUGGGCAGAAAUGUACAGUAAAACAGGUGUUGGGUUCUACUCAAUGCAUCCAGGUUGGGCCGAGACACCUGGUGUAGCGAAAAGUAUGCCUAGUUUUGACAAAAUGUUAUCGGGAAAACUUAGAACAAGUGAGGAAGGUGCUGACACAGUUAUUUGGCUAGCUUUACAGCCUAAAGAAAAAUUGGUUUCAGGUGCACUAUAUUUUGAUAGGGCUGAAGCGCCCAAGCACUUGCUAUUUGCAGGGACAGAGGGUUCCCAUGCUGCUAUCGAUUUCAUUAUGGACAAUCUUCGUUCCUUGUGUAGUCUUCCUUCAUGAAUUAAAUUUUACUUAAGGAAAGAAAAUAAUGAAACAUGUUUUUUUUCUUCGAACUUUGGAAUCAUGUAUAAGUUAGAGUUGGGCAUUUUUAUGCUAUUCAAUAUAACAACCGAGUUAUGUAUCUAUUAUAUGAAAAGAUCAAGGGAUAGUUUGGGUGAAA